AUGGCUUCUAAUAAUUCGCAGCCAACUGCUUCUAUGGGUGGCGCCUCCGCUCCCUCUAAAGGGAAGUCUAAGGCCUCUUCGAGCAAAGUCAGGAAGAUGGUUGAUCGGGCAGUAUAUAGAAAGGCUAAGUGGAGGCUUUCCGAGAUCGCCAGUGAUGUUGAGGAUGAUGAGUCUAAUCCCCAAGCGGAGGCGCUUACCGAGGGUGACAUGUCUAGUGUGGAGCUCAAACCUAGUACGUGCAAUUUUCGAGCGACUAGUGACCCGAACUACUGCAUUCUACUGUGGCGGGUGAUGUGGGAUGGUCAGGCGCCUCCCUCCUCUGCUCGUUCUCUUGGUCUUGAUAAACAACCCACCAUCCAGUUGCACCGGCUCAUGGGAAAGCAUGGUUGGUUAGCUUUGAAGCGUGACAGCAAGUAUCAUGGCCGGGUUUGCAAGGGGUCACCCAAACUUCCCAGCAAAUGGUAUUGCUCCUACUUUUUCAUUAGGCUGCGCCAUGGUACUUGGCAUGCACCGACGGGGGCGCCUCUCUCGACCUUGUGGAGUGAAGGUUCGGACGAGGAGUGGGCCAAGGACUUUUCCCUUGGGAAGUAUGAGCGUGAACAGAAGCAUCAUAUUCUUCGGGCGCCUCCUCUGGAUUUUGCGAGAAAAGGGGAGAGAGCACGCGUUUUGGGAGAGCUCUAUGAUCACGACUUUGACUGCUCCAGCUUGGUGAGGAUGACGAAGAAGGCGCCUGGCACCUCUAGAGUUGGACCGCAGAAGGCGCCUAGCGCUUCUGCAGGACACGUGCUUCGCUCAUUUGACCAGGCGCCUGCCGCUACUGAGGAGGCAUCCUCUCCUCACUUGUUUCCCCCUUUGAAUCCGCGCGAACCCCUCCCAGAGAAAUCCUUGGGGAAACGUCCUGCUUCUACGAUUUCCCCCGCUGAGAUGCAAAAGAAAAAGAAAAGGAUUGGCCUUGGAAGCAUUGACGAGUUCUUGGCGCCUCCCCGCUCUCGGCGUGUCGUGAAGCCAAAGGAGCUUGUUCCGAUCUCUCCUUCUGCUGCACUCAACGCUCCAAGCGCGUUUACUUCUGCCACAGAGUUGAGGAACUUUCUGAAGCUCCCUCUCGACGAGGGCGCCUCUCCCGCAGGCUCGGCGUGUCAACAUCUGUUUCACGCGAUGCUUGAUGUGGUUGCACUUUCUGAUAAGAGUUUGGAGAACCGCGAGCGUGCCCACAAGAACUACCUGCUUGCUUCUCAAUUGAAGACUAGUAAGGCCACCCUGCAAGGCGUUAAUUCUCACUUGGGGGACGAGUUGUCCUUGGUGAAGCAACAACUUUCUGACGCCUUGGCUGCCGAGAGCGUCUCUGCUCGUGAGGAAAUGGAGAAAGAGCUCGCACUUCAGUAG